AUGUUCGAUGAUGUACUAGUCUCUGUACUGAUUGCAAACCACAACUCUGACCCUUUUUCGCCUGCUACUGGUGUACUCCAAGGUUCAGUGCUCAGUCCGCACUUGUACUCUCUGUACAUCAACUCUCUGCCUGCUGUUCUUCGUGCUGCUGUCAACCGUGGUACUAUGGUAUCUCCACCCGGAAUGCAUCCUGUUCAUAUCAAUAGUUUACUCUUUGCUGAUGAUGUGGCCAUAUUUGGCUCUCGUACUGAUGUGCAAACCAUGUUGGAUGUCGCUUCAGAUCACUCGUUCUCUCUUGGCUACAGAUGGAAACCAUCAAAAUGUGCUGUACUUUGUGCUCCUACUGCCUCUACUCGUCAUCCAUUGUCUCUAUACGGUGAACCUCUUCCUGUGGUAGAGGAAUUCACGUAUCUUGGUAUGCCGUUUAGAUAUAAAGGUCUGUACGCCCCUGGGAUUCUCAAUCUGCGUGCUUCUGGUGCUAUCAAGACAAUGGCAUUGUUGAAUUCGGUUGGUGUCAAUCGAAAUGGGUUUUCUCUGUUGCUUUGUGCUCGUUUGUAUAAAAGCUUUAUUCGACCCAAGCUGGAAUACGGCUUAGCUAUAUCGCAUCUCUCUUUCCGUGACUUCAAGGCUCUUGAUGCUCUGCAAAAUCGAUUGGUUGGUAUGUUUGUUGGUAGUACAUGGUACAAUGUUGCCAAACAUUUGACCUGUAUUCCCAGCAUGAAGCAUCGAUAUAAUGUCCUGGCAACACGUUAUGCUCUUCGUGCUGAUACUCUCCCUGAUGAUUGCUUGUUGGUUCUGCUUCGUCGUGGAUUACUGUACACUCGUCUAGACAGAUUUAUUUGUCAAAACCCGUUGUAUCUGACACUACCUGAUCCGCCGCCAUUCACCACUGCUGGUCUUACUGAAGUCUUUGAUUCGUAUUGGCAAGAUCAAGUAGAUCAUCAACUUGCUGCUGCUGCUGUUUCUGGUACCCAGACCCUCCUCCGUGCUUGUCGUCGUUCUGUAUCUCGUCCAGAUCCCAUUUUGUACCUACCAAUUGGUCGAUCUGCUCGAAGUCGCCUUGUUCGCUGGCGUCUUGGACGUUUCACAAACAUGCGUGAAGAGUGUCCGUGCGUGAUGGGUGAUUUUAUAUCUCGAAAUCACUUUCUGACAUGCCGUGCUCUGGAUCGAACACUUCUCGAUGCUCUGCCUGUGGCUCCUCCUGGUAUUCAUCGUAUAGACUAUGCCCUUAAUUGCUUACCUGUGAAAGCCUCUGAUGGUCCUCCAUCUUAUUGGUCUGCUUUGCUUGCUCUGCUUCAUGCCAUUGAUUGUUUAGUGCAUCCGCUGGCUGUCAUCCCUGCUGAUCUUGAUUCAGGGUUGUUAUGGUUCUCUGCUAGAUAG